CCGCUGGACCUCGGGAUAUCCUCGGGAUAUCGGCCCUCGCCGCCGCCCGCAGCCGUCUACCCGGGGGAAUUGGUCCAUCACCUUUGUUCCUCGCCUGACGCCCAGCGCAUGCGGGCGCGCGGCGCGUUGCGGCGCGGGAGCGCGGGGCGCGCGCGCUGGCAGGGCGGCCCCCGGUGGUGGCCCUGGCCUGCCGCGGCCACCGCUGGCCCCGGCCGCUCCCCGCGGUGGCCACUGGCGGCCCUCGCGCUGCUGCUCGCGCGCGCGGAGCUCGGGGGCGCCUUCUCGAGGGGCGCGCGGUGGCUGCCCUGGCCGACGCGACUGCUGCCCGCCGAGCUGGAGCUGGUGGUCUUCGACCUGGCGGGCACCACCCUGGACGACACCGUGGACGGCGAGCCCCUGGCCGGCGUCGCCUUCCGCGACGCCUUCGGGCGCGUGGGCCUCUCCCUGGCCCUGCGGAGGCUCUGCAGGGGCUUCCCGCGGUCGCUGGUCGGGUCCUGCUCGGACGCUUUCGUGGAGGAGCUCUACGCCUACUGGAAGCAGGCGGUGGGGGACCGCCUCGUCUCGGGAGACUUGCGGGAGAUCCCCGGAACCUCCUCCGCGUUCAGUGCGCUGAGGGAGCGCGGCACGAAGGUGUUCGUCUCGACCGGCUUCGAGCAGAGGAUAGCCGAGGCCAUCGUCUCCAGGCUCAACUGGACGAUCGACGGCCUGGUUGCAGGCGCCCGGCGCCCGCGGCCCGACGCCAUCUUCGAGUGCAUGAACCGCACCGGCGUCGUGCAUCCUGGGCGUGUCCUCAAGGUCGGAGACUCCGUGGCCGACGUCGAGGAAGGCAGGGCCGCGGGCGUGCUGACUGCCGCGGUGGCGUCCGGCACGCAGCCUGCGCGCGCGCUGCGGAGUGCUCGGCCCGACUUUCUGCUCGGCAGCGUGGCCGACCUGCCGGCCUUGCUGCCUGGCUGA